AGAGUGAAGUGAGUUGAGAAGUAGGCGGUGUCCAACAAAAGUGAAAGUACAAGAGUGCUAUUUUGAUGAAAGCCAUUUUGUAACACCGGUCUGUGCUGUGAAACCUGUGUAAAAGAAAUAACAAAUAUCAAUCUGCUUGUACCAACCACCCAGAUUAAAGGCUAUAGCGAUGGAUAAGACUGACCAGACGUCCUCCAGUCGUGAACUUCGGGUUCUGCUGAUAGGAAAAACUGGUUCGGGAGUAAGUUCCGCAGGAAACACUAUAUUGGGAUGUAAUGCGUUUCAGUCGGGACGAAGCCUGAGAUCAAUUACAGACAAAUGUCAGCAGCACACGGCAGAAGUGUCGAAUAAAAUCAUCACAGUGAUUGACGCUCCAAACUUCUAUAACUCAAGAGACAUCGACGUGUGUGCAGAGUUAGAGAGAGGAAUACAGCAGUCUUCUGCAGGACUCCGCGCGAUCCUUCUGGUUUUCUCUUCAAACACUUUCACUCAACAAGACGCAGAUAUCGUGUCGCUAUAUAAACAGACAUUUGGUGAGCACGUCUUGAAAUACACUUUUGUGGUCUUCACGCACGGAGAUGAGCUUCAAAAUAAAUCAAUUGAACAACUGAUAACACGUAAUGCAGAACUGUCCAAGCUGAUAGAAGAGUGUGGUGGGAGAUUUCACUUACUGAAUAAUAAAGAUCAGUCGAACAGAGAACAGGUCACUGAACUACUGGACAAGAUCCACAGAAACGUGUCUGCAAAUGACAACAGCUGUUAUACUAUAGAAAUGUUUAAGGCUCAAACGAGGAAAGCUUUUCUGCAGAGAUUUAUGAGGCCGAAAUAUCUGUGUACCUUUAGUGUCAUUGUGCUUCUCAUGGGUUGUGUUAAUAUGUGGAAUGAGGGUUCUUUGGAUGUUAAAACUUUUAUACAUGGUUGUGCUGGGGUAACAACAGUGGUAGUUUCAGCAAUUUGCUUUCACCAAAAGAUCAUGAAAUGAUGCAGAAAAUCAAAACUACAUUAAAUCCAGGUACAAAACCAGAUGUUCAUGUUAUUCAGGUAUCCCAGGGGUUCGAGUGCUGCUUUUCCUAUAAAUUCUGUUUCCAUGGUGUUAUAUGCUUUCUGUUUAAUUGGUUUAUAUUGUGUGUUUUAUGAUUUGAUACAAAUUUCAUAAAUGGAAAAUCAAUUUAUUAGAAUCAAAGUUAAAGUUAAAUUAGUUGAUUUUUUUAUUGUUCAUUGUCAAAUAAAGUGUAUAAAGUAAAGGACAGUCAAAUCACUAUUUGGUGUUCGCAACCUUUUUUAAAUUAAUUAUGUUGUAAUGUUUGUUACACAAAUGGAAUAACUAUCCUAGAGCAGUUUUGGCUGUGAGAAAUUAUUUUUUAUU